AUGAAGAAGGUUGUACGCUGGUACGACGAGCUGUUGGCUUUGUUCAAGGUCGCUGUUCAGUUUGAAGAUAUCAUAGGCCGAGUCGAUAAGGCAGUAGAUUUGGGCGAGUCCAUGCCUCCGGAAGUGGUCAGAGAGAAAGCCGGAGCGGACGACGCGUCAAUGACGUCCGACUCGGGUAGAACUCUAUGCGGCGAGCAGGAUGAGGAACUUGACAAGUUGACUGUCGUCGAGAUCGAAGACGCGGACAAGCCGGUGCGCGAAGGACUCGACAGCCAACAGCCUCACAAACGAAACUGGUGGAGGACGGUAUUGAACUCGAUCGGCAUUAGUGUCCGAUGUCCGCAGCUCGCGGCUCAGGUUGACCAACUGCGGGUGCUGGCCAGGGGGUUCAUCCUUCUGACGAAGAUGCAGAUCAAGUGGGCACAGGUGCAGGCAAUGGCGAACAGGCCGGGGGUGGACAUGAUAGAGGUUAACAAAGUCACAAUUGUUAACAUCAUGGAGCUCUCGUCCUAUACCCGGCGGUCGAAAAUGCUGACGAACUGGGCAAACAAGAUCAAGGUGGCGAACAAGGCUAUGAUGCAGGAUGCGGACAGCAUUGUGCAGCGCAGCAACCAGUUGGAGAAAGACCUGGAUGGCUUCUUCAAGGACCAUCGUCGGCAUCAGAGCCGUUUUGUGGGACGUAGGGCGUGCCAGAUGUGCUUUGCUUGA